GGGUGGUUGCAGGGGGCGGGCGCGACGCGAGCAGUGGCGAGCGAGCGAUCGAUCCAGUCCCCCGCCUCGCGCCUCUAUCUAUUUAUACCGCGGCCAUCCCCUCCCCGGCACACCCGCCGCGUACGUGACCGAGCGCUACCACCAGAGAGAUCGACCGACCGACCGACCACCAGCGGAAGCGGCAGGAUGUCGUGGCAGACGUACGUCGACGAGCACCUCAUGUGCGAGAUCGAGGGCCACCACCUCACCUCCGCCGCCAUCAUCGGCCACGACGGCACCGUCUGGGCUCAGAGCGCCGCCUUCCCGUCGUUCAAGCCCGAGGAGAUGUCCAACAUCAUGAAGGACUUCGACGAGCCCGGGUUCCUGGCCCCGACCGGCCUCUUCCUCGGCCCCACCAAGUACAUGGUCAUCCAAGGCGAGCCCGGCGCCGUCAUCCGCGGGAAGAAGGGAUCUGGAGGCAUCACCGUGAAGAAGACCGGGCAGGCCCUCGUGAUCGGCAUCUACGACGAGCCCAUGACCCCCGGGCAGUGCAACAUGGUGGUCGAGAGGCUCGGCGACUACCUCGUAGAGCAAGGCCUGUAAAAACGGGCCCCGGCCCGCCGCCCGCCCACGGGUUGAAGAAGCCGCCCAAGCAACAAUACGACCGCCAGCCAGCACGUAGUAGUCUGUGUCUACGCACGCGUUCUUAGUCCCCCCCACGCCGCCUGGGAUUGUGCGUGGCUCGAUCCGUUACCUUACCUCCGGCAUUUCUUCCCAUUCCCCCGUCGUCGCCGGUCACCAGAGGAUCUUUCCUUUCUUUGAUUUUUGUUGGUGUCGUUUUGGCAAAUAAUUUUGUGAUUUUCCUCCCGAAUUUGGUUGUCGCCUGAUUUGUGAAACAACGAUAUAUAUAUGUGAUUGAACUGGUACCUAUUCUUUGUAAUGCGAGAAUGUGUAUGUAUAUUCGUUUUAACA